CAGAGACGCUGCAAGAACGCUCGAAGUGUCGUGAGUAUUCUUCCGCGGAGCUUAGCUGCCGGAAAAAGAUACAUAAUGUCUGCCGAUGAACUGCUACGGGCCAUCGCCUUCUCUCCAGACCCUUCUUCCUUCAGACCCAGACCAUCGUCGGACAGGACCCAGGAUAUUUCCCACCUACUGACAAGUCUGUUCAAGAGCCUGUAUACUGGGGAGGUGAUUGGGAAAGAUACAGGAGCCAACCUGAUCCGAUCCAAGGGAGGAGACGACCCCCAUCACCAGAAGUUUGUGGAAGAACUGCAGCAGAUUCGCUCUGAGUAUGAGCAGAGGAUGGCUGAAGCAGAUAUGGUGGAGAAGCACAUUAUCCAGGCCCGUGCCCGCACUACCGCUCAAGAGGAAAGGGUGCUCAGUGCUCUGAAACAUGAAGGUGGGGAGACAUCUCUGGGACUACCCCCCGUGGAUUCCCACUUUCGGUGGUGCGUGGACAGUGGAGUGUUAAGGAAGCUCAAGCUUAUCUGUCCUGAUGAUUACAUCACUGACCCGCAGCCAAUCACCAAAGCGCCCAGAGACAGUUCGGUGCCUUCUUUUUGCAAAGAGACCUUUAGUUUCCAUCAACACAUAUCCAAAAGCCCAGUGGAUGAUGGGUACACAGAGCUCGAGAUGCCGAAUCUAGUGAGAAGUAUGGAUGAUGUGUCUUUAACCAGCUUAAGUUCAUCGGUCAGUUUAGAGGGGGAACUGACGAAGAAGAAAUCAAGACAGAAAGCCACACGGAAUAACAAACCCUUGAAGAAAGGGACAAGCCUAGAGGAGAGUGAGCUUUCCCAGGCAGAACAUCGGCACAGCUUCCUAAAGAACCCCAGGUUUUUGCCUCCAAAUUCCGUCCCAGGCGGACGAUCGCUGCUCGCUCCUGCAAAGAGAAGGGAAGGAUCCAUACAGGGAAUAAAACAUCCAACAGCUGAAAAGGAUCCAUUUGGUGAGGUGCCCGUGUUCCUCGCAAACCCACCUGUCGUGUUCUUUCCAGACUAUGAAGUUGGCCAGAUUUAUGAGAUGGCUAUAGAACUGCGGAACAUGACAGCAUCCAGCCGCCACCUGAGAAUCAUCCCGCCCUCCACCCCAUACUUCUCCGUAGGCCUGGGGAAGUUUCCCGGAGAGGGUGGGAUUGUAGCGCCGGGAAUGAGCUGCCAUUACACAGUCCGAUUUGUUCCCGAUUCCCUCGCUGACUUUGAAGAUUUUCUACUGGUGGAAACCCAGUCUCCAUAUCCAGUUCUUGUUCCUAUAGAGGCGAGGAGACCCCCACCUGUACUGACAAUCCCUCGGACACUGAACUGUGGGCCCUGUUUGAUCGGAGGAGUGAAGGUCUUGGAGUAUUUCUUAAGGAACGAAGGCCUGAGCCGAGGGAGAUUCUGUAUCAUGCCCAGAAGGGUUUGGCCUCCUGCUAAUUUCCGGAGUGUGGCUACAUCAGGUUUUGUGGAAGACGGGCCAUUUGGGAUUCGCCCGGCAGCUUUUGAACUGUAUCCGGGUCAAGGAAUAAACAUGGAGAUUGUCUUCUUUCCCGAGUCUCCUCAAACUUACAGCCGUGUCUUUACCAUCGCGUGUGAUAACUGCCAGGUCAGGGAGAUCACACUCACAGGGUACGGUCAGCAGGUUGGACUGGAGUUGGUGUCUGUGAGUGAUGGGGAGAGCCCCCCAAGCAGCGGGGACAGUACAGAUACAAUGGCUGGACACCUCAUUCAUUUCCAGCCCACUAAUCUGCACUCUACUGUACAGAAGAGCCUCCUCAUUCGCAAUUCCACGCACGUGGAGCUUCCUUACUGCUGGCAGAUCAUGAACCCCAACGUGCAGACUUUGCUUCCAGGGGCGCCCCAGGAUGUGUGCGACCUCCAUACAAGCCUCCCCUUCUCCCUGACUCCUGCACAAGGCAUUCUGCAACCUCACCAAGACUCCACCUUCACUGUAUCUUAUACCCCUACUGAGAUGUCAGAACAUCACCGUGUCGCCCAUAUGGUACUGAGAGAAAUCCCAGAAGCUCCAAGUGCAGGCAAGAAGCCGAGGGGUCUGACGGAAUUCACCCCUUCAGUAAAUGAUGUGAUUGUUCUCGACUUGGAUCUUAAAGGGAUGGCUGAAGCGUUUCAGAUACAGCUAGAGCCGUACGCCAUCAUCUUCCCUGGAGAGAGCUAUAUUGGCACCACCAUGAGAAAGCAGUUUAAGAUGUGGAAUAAGAGCAAGUCAGCGAUUGUGUAUCGAUGGGAACAGAUAACCUCUUGCCACGUCGUUCAGAUUGAACCCUCCAGCGGGACUAUAGAGCCAAAUAAAUGCAGUGAGCUUGAAAUCUGUUUGACUGGAGGGAAAACUGGAUUUUGCAGCCAGAAGGUGAUUUGCCACAUUGAGCACUCGCCAGAGACAGCGGCGCUGCGUGUAGAAGCAACGUUUAAGGGGCCAGUUGUCUCCAUAGAUAUCCCAUCCCUGGACUUGGGCCUCCUAAAGCUGGGCAGCAAGUCUGUCAGCAUAUUUACCAUUGAAAACAAGAGCCCUCUGCAAGCAAAAUGGAGUGUGAAGGAGAGCCCAGCUUGCCUUAGUGAGCAAAAUGAGCAGGAAUCCCAGUUCCUUAUAGAGCCCAAUAAUGGGGAGUUGCUGCCUCUGGGCCAAGCCAAACUGGCGCUCAUGUUCCAGCCAUUGACUUGCCAGAGGCUGGAGACCGUUUUGGAGUUUCAAGUGGAGAAUGGAGAAGGGAGUUAUCUCCCCGUAACAGCCGAUGUGCAGCUUCCCCAAGUUCGUCUGCUCUCCAGCACCCUGGCAUUCUCUGGCAUUUAUAUGGGCGUCCCAGGACAGUCGUCUAUUAAGAUGCUCAACCAGGGGAGGCUCCCUGCAAGGUUCUGCUGGGGGGAGCUCACAGGGAGUCACUCCAUGCAAUGUGCUGCUACCAUUACACCGGCUAACGGGACACUGGCACCUAACGAGGAGGCCGAGAUGAACAUAACCCUUACAUCUUAUACUACAGAUGAACUGUACGACAUUGCUUUCCUCUGCACAGUUAAAGACAUGAAGGAACCUCUUACUCUGAGGCUAAUGGCCAAGGCCCAAGGCCUACAGAUCACCUACUCGCUCUGCACUGAAGCUGGGAGUUCAUAUGAGUCAGCCCCUGUAGACCCCCGGGACCUGCUGCUGGAUUUUGGAUCGGAGGUGCCCCUGUAUAACACAGUGCAGAGGAAGCUGAUUCUCACCAACCAGUCUGCAAUAAGUGCCCCCUUCUCACUGGAAGCCGCCUACUUCUGUGGUGGGGAUGCCCAGCAAGCCCUAGGGAGGUGCAGUGGUACCCCAGCUGCCUUACUAAGGGCCCCCCGAUUUGCUGAGCAAGCGGCUAACAAGGCUGAAGCAGAUUUCCGGAGGGCGCUACUGUCAGAUGGAAAGGGAGCGGCGUUCGUCCCUCGGCCCAGUUGUGGGACCCUGGAAGGCUUCCAGCAGAUUGCCAUAGAGGUGACGGCCUACAGUAACAUGUGGGGGGAAUACUCAGAUGAGCUGCUCUGUAAGGUUGGAGACCUGACUGCCAAGUCUAUUCCUAUGAAGAUGGCGGUGCGAGGUUCCCCUCUUUACUUCCAGAUGACUGGACCAAAGCCCGGCCUUCAGAUGGAGGGGCCUGUGAUAAGGUUCGGAAGCCAGCUAUCGGGCGGCGACACCAUCUCGCGCUGCUUACGGAUCAAUAACCCCAGUCCGUACGAUAUCCGCAUUGACUGGGAGACGUACAAUAUGGAGCAAAGUGACCCCAAACUCCUGGACCUCGUGCUCCUCUACGGCGACCCCUUUCCACUGAAGGACAUUGACGGCAAUGAAAUAGUUGUGGAUCAUUUGGACCUUGAAAAUGAGACUUUGCCAGUGAACUGGGACAUGAUCCCCAGCUCUGCCGGAACCAGGUCAUCCGUGCCUAGCAGAACCAGCGCUUAUGUUAAAGAUUUGGAACAAACUGAAGCUGCAGAACAAAAAGACGAAGAAAUCAGCCCAAAUAGAACAACAGGGACAGAGGAGAAGAAUUUAAUUUCUGUUAUUCUGAGACCUCAUGAAGGUGUCCCAUCAGACUUCCCAUACUGCAUCACUCCAAGACAGAUGCUUGUUCCUGCAGGGGGCAGCAGCGCCAUCCAUGUCUCUUUCACCCCUUUAAACCUCUCUGGGGCGACCAGUAAAACCGAAUGUGAUGGAUUCGCUUUAGGCUUUUUGAGCUUGGAUAAUGAGGCUGCAACGUGUGUUCCCGGGAGAGUGAGCCGCCUGCAAGGGUACGGAGUGCAGCCAAUCAGAAUGGAGCUCCAAGCCUGCGUGAAGCCUUCACUGCUGACUAUAGAAAUGGAGGAUGAAGAUGAAGGGCUGGUGUUUUACUCGGUGGCAAGCAACCUGAUAGCGGAUAUGAGGGCGGCACAGAUCCUGACUGAAUUUCUAACAACUCAGAGCCUGAAGCUGAAAAACUGCACUGAGAUGCCUCUGUCCUUCCGCCUCCUGGUACCGAAGCCUUUUGUAGCGUCUGCUGCUGACCCAAACGGGAGCAUGAAGAGCUCCCAGAACCGCGAAGCGCAAGAAAAGGACAUUGUGCUUCACCCCCAGCAGAACAUUCUGGUGAAAGUGUCCUUCUGCACCACUUUGGAACUACUGACGUACCAGAAUCUGCCAGCCAAUCAGUUGCAGCCUGGAGUUCAGCUCCUCCAAUCACAGGACGGGGAAAAGAAACUUCAUUUCACCCAGCAGCUUGUCAUUGAGUACAGCAACAACAGCACCCAGCACGUGCCCCUGGAGGCGCACCUCUCCCUGCCUGCGCUUACUCUCUCCUGCCAAACGCUUGAUUUCGGAACCUGCUUUGUGGGACAGCCCAGGACUCAAGAGGUCCGACUCAUGAACUCAAGUGGCUCAAAAAGUUACUGGACUGCAUUGCUGGACAAGAGGAAGAGACAAAAUGACCAGGAGAUAUUUUCCAUCUCCCCCACCUGUGGGAGGCUCGAGGCCUAUGGAAGGCACAUGUCCGACAGCACGGAGGCCCUGCUUGUUAGCUUCACUGCCAGAGCGAGCACAGAAUAUGAGAUGACGGUGACGAUCCACGGCAUGUUGGGGGAGCAGCCCUUGCACCUACAGAUCAAAGGGCAGGGAUCCUACGAUGAGAAAUUUGAGGUUCCUGAACAUUCCUAGAAGUGUAACAAGUAUUUCCGACUGCUGUUCUCUCACUAAACUGGGACUUGAAAGGGAAAACGUGAGGCUGUGCCUGCACCGGAGGGGGGGGGGGGUUACCCACAUGUUACCCAGGCUCCCCCCUAAGCUUAGCCUGCCCACAACUACUCACAUAAGGAACUGGGAGCCCCCAGCAGCAGGGCUAAACCAAUCCUCAGUUCAGACCUGAGUGGUUAUGGGUAGCCGGCUGAGUGACAGGGGCCCUGGCCAAUGGGGCAUCCCAUGGCAGAGACCAUUGUACAGAGUUCUUAUCAGUAAUAUGGUGGGGGGGUUAGUGCUGUACAGAUAGGGGUAAGGGUCAUAAGGACAGUGCAUCCAGAUCCUCUUCCCCCAGCACCGGGAAUAAGAUAGAUAAACACCUCUCCUAAUAGAGUUCACCUUUCUGAUAAAGGGGAAAUAAAACCUAUUUUUGUACUAU